CCCUUUAGUGUCGGGACCCCAGGAACCAGUCCUCCAUCUGGCGAGCGACAUUGGGUUGUGGCAUUCCUCCAGGUGCUCCCCAGGAAGAGGAGGGACCUCCCCCGUCCCCCGCUCCUCCCCACCCCGGGGACCUAUAGGCCUAGCCUUCGACCCUGGGGACACCCAGCCCAGCCUGCCCCAGGGCUGACAAGUCAGGGGCAGCAAAUUUUUAACUAACGCAUUGAUCAUUAACAGGGGUCGGAAGGGGUCCAAACUCAGCCUCCCUUAGGGACAGGGACUAGCUGGGCCUCAGGCUUCCUGUGGAGAUGCUGGGCCCCCGGGUCUGGUCCUCUGUGAGGCAGGGGCUGAGCAGGGGCUUGUCUAGGAAUGUGGGGGGCCGGCCCUCAGGGGAGGGGAGGAAGGUGGACAUCGCGGGCAUCUAUCCCCCUCUGACCACCCCCUUCACCGCCACCUCGGAGGUGGACUAUGGGAAACUGGAGGAGAAUCUGCAGAAACUGGGCGCCUUCCCCUUCAAAGGCUUUGUGGUCCAGGGCUCCAAUGGCGAAUUCCCCUUCCUGACCAGCAGUGAGCGCCUGGAGGUGGUGAGCCGCGUGCGCCAGGCCAUGCCCAAGGACAAGCUCCUGGUAGCUGGCUCUGGCUGCGAGUCUACUCAGGCCACGGUGGAGAUGACGGUGAGCAUGGCCCAGGUCGGGGCUGACGUCGCCAUGGUGUUGACUCCUUGCUACUAUCGUGGCCGCAUGAGCAGCGCUGCCCUCAUUCACCACUACACCAAGGUCGCUGACCUCUCUCCCGUUCCUGUGGUGCUGUACAAUGUCCCAGCCAACACGGGGCUAGACCUGCCCGUGGACGCGGUGGUCACUCUUUCCCAGCACCCGAAUAUCAUCGGCAUCAAGGACAGCGGUGGUGAUGUGACCAGAAUCGGGCUGAUGAUUCACAAGACCAGGAGGCAGGAUUUCCAGGUGUUGGCUGGAUCGGCUGGCUUCCUGCUGGCCAGCUAUGCCGUGGGAGCUGUGGGGGGCGUGUGUGCCCUGGCCAAUGUCCUGGGGGCUCAGGUGUGCCAGCUGGAGCGACUCUGCCUCACAGGGCAAUGGGAAGAUGCCCAGAAGCUACAGCACCGCCUCAUUGAGCCGAACACUGCGGUGACCCGGCGCUUCGGGAUCCCGGGGCUGAAGAAAGCCAUGGACUGGCUUGGCUACUACGGAGGCCCCUGCCGGGCCCCGUUGCAGGAGCUGAGCCCUGAGGAGGAGGAGGAGCUGCGCCUGGAUUUCACCAACAAUGGCUGGCUCUGAGGGCAAAGAGGAGACAGGUGGGAGCCCAUCUCCGCUCCCGACUUGUUCUCGCAGCCCGAAGAGAAACACGGGGACCGGAGGGUCCAUGGCUCCUUUUCCUACUUCAGUCCUUCGGGUGCCUCUUGCCAGGUGUUAGGCACGCUCCCUUCCUAUUCUCACAGCCCCACGACUUCUUGAAUUUGCAUCCUAAACUCUGGGUCUCUGGAGACCCACGGUCUGGGCAGGAUCCAUUGCUUGCUCGGCUCUCUACCGUGGUUUCCUAUGCCCCCAAGACACGUGAGCCAGGAGCCAGAGGGGAAGCGCAGCGCAGCUGGGCACAGGAGGGCUACGUGUCUGAAGGAAGGACGACUUAGACUUGGAGAUACGCACCUGACUCCAGCACAUGCAGGGGAAGCCAGGGCCAUGCUAAGAGCCCAAGUUCCUACUCUUUCCAGGGGACCCGAUCAGAAAAAUGUCACUUGCCUUUGAAAGCCCUCCCACCACAAGAUGCAUUCCAGCCACAGUGCCCUUUCCACAGUCCAUUUUGAUUCAUCUCGUAGUCUCGUCUCUAGCUUUGUUCUCAACUGUCCAGUGCACAGAGAACAGCCCAGGAUUGGUAAAUAAUGACACCUAGUGGGGAAGGGUUACUUUCUGGAGGACUACUGUCGUCAUCGAAGGUCUGAACCAUUCCGGAGGGGGCUUGGCCUGAGACAGGACCAUCCUCUUGCCUAUAGGCACUCUGCUUUUAUUGUUAAAAAUAAU